AGGGCGAUUUACCCUGUCACUCUUCUUUACUUUCUUCAUUCUCUUUGCUCCUUAAAGUGACUGAACUAGUCCCUUACUUUUAAUGCUCAGGUCAUGGAGUCGGGAACUCUUUCAGUUCUGUGAAAAGGGAAAGCAAUUUGGAUUGAAGUUUUAACAAUGUGUCGGUGCUGUGGAAAAAAAAGAAAAGACUUUCUCUGACUUGCUAAUGGAGAUAAAGCAGAAUAAAGCCAAAAAGAUAAUCCUGGGCAUUAUUUCCACUUUUUUUUUUUUUUUGCUAUUUUUUAAUCAUCCCUAAUUUAAAUUUAUCUUGCAUGACAAAUGAGAGGAAGACAAACACCCUAAAGAAAGGAUGGGGAGAUGGAUGCAAGCUGUGCUAAAGAAACUGAUGACCGCUAAACACAGACACAAGUGAAAUGAAACAGAGCAGGAAAUUACAGAUCUGCCUUGGAAAGCAACACAGGGAACCUGAAAGUGGACGACCCCUUUCACAGUGGAAUCUCUGCACAGAUACAGAAUGAGUGGAGUUACCUUGUGUUUUAGUUGUCUGGGAUGUCUUUACAAUCCAAAAAGGCUAUCCCUCCCAGCAUCCCCAAUGGUAUGGUACUCCUGAUGCUGUGCAAGGUUGGUCUGAGAAGGCAACUGCGGACUACUUCAGAGAAAAUGGUAAACACUUCUCACAGUGAUGAGGAAAAAAGAAUUCAAGAUAAGGAAAGCAAGGAGGAAACCAUUUUAGCUAUGCUAGGCAUUAUUGGGACGAUCCUCAACCUGGUCGUUAUCAUCUUUGUGUACAUCUACACAACACUCUAAUCCACAGAACUGAUGUGAGGAACAACAGUACAAAAUUUCAUAAUGCUUCAUGCCAAAAUGUUGUGUAUGGAACUCACAUUUCUGACUGCCAGAAAGAUCACAGACACCUCAGACAGUGUGGACAUUUCCAAGGCUGUGUCUCCCGAAUGCUCAAGAGGAGACAAUGGUGGAGAGAUUUCUUACUGGUGGCAUCAGAGGACAUUGACAAGAAUGUUGUUGCUUGUAAAUAUUUGCUCAUUUCUUUAAUGUGAGAUUAGCAUUUACAUGUUUUUGACAUAGAGUGGAUACUGGAAGUUAUGUACACGACAGCCCAUGAAAAAGUGUUAAGAACUGUAAACUGGGUUUAAUGAAAGAUAAAUGAGAAAUGAUGUACAGGACUUUUUCAUGCACUCCUGUUCAGGAAUUUGCUAAUUUUACACUAAUUGGCCUUUUUUUAACAAGUAUGUUGUUAACCUUCACGAAAUACUUCGUUUUUAUUUAAGAUUUUUAUAUCAUUUAUAACAAUAUAUUUAGAAUGACCACCACCACCACCACCUUUCUCUUGAACAAGGAAAUCCCAAGUUGGCUAAAGCAAUGUGUAUCAAUACUAAAAUCCACUAAUGGCCUGGUCAUAUUCAUUAUUUUGUAUUACUUCACGUAACUGUGCAUGAUUCGUCAAGGUAUACAGUAUACUGUAUAUUGCCUUAAGUCAAAAACCUUAUUCCCAUAUCUAUGUCUGCAUUACAACAAUUUUCUAUGCAGACAAAAUCUCUCAUAUUCUUUGCCAAGACAUAACUUUCUCCAACAAAAUAACCCUGCUUUAAAUUAUAUCCACAGAACUGUGAAAGCACAUGUUAUUUCAUCCAAAACCGCUCCUCCAUACAAAACUGUAAUCAAAUUUGACUGCAUUAUGGCCAGUUAGCACAUAGUUUUAUUGUGCAACAUGUAUUGAUAAAAGCACAAUGCUAAAGAAUAUCUUUGCAUAUUCUUUGCAUGUUUCUCUGUAAAAAAUUGUACAGACAUUACAUAUGCAUGUUUUUCUUACAUGAUAUUUGUCACUUAAUGAAGUGCCUGUGGAUCAGU